UUAUUCAGUGUUUCUGGGUCAGUUUAUCUAUCACCUUUCGGCAUCACCCAGCUUCUGGGCUCUUCACAGCAUCCACAGUGUGACUGCAAAGAUGGGCCACGCCACAGAACUGGGGUCUAUUGACCCCUGGACUCCAGUAUCAGAUCAUGGACAGGGAUGCUAGCUGCUCCCCUGAACUCUGGAACCACUCUGGCUCCCAUCUAUAACCAAACUCUAGGGCUCUCGUGCAUCUGAACCCCUCUCCUAUUCCUAGACCAUCAGACCUCUUCAGUCAUUCCCGGCCCUCUCCCUGAGGCAGUACAGUGAGAGCAAGGAGGAAGAAGGCAGGAAAAGUUGGUACAUACACCUCUGCUGGGAAGAGGCAGAGUCACAGCACACUUCUACCCUCAAGUGUUUAAUGAGCCCAAAACAUGAACCUGUCGUAUUUUUGUUGUUGGGACUAUUGACUGUCUUUCUGAUGAAGAUACUAGAAACCUCAGAUUUGGUUUCCAAGGAACUGUCCCUGAAAAGAGAGUCGGUGGGCUUCUAUUCCUGACUUGCUGUGCGCCACAAGAGGCCGCUGCGGGCCAGCUGUGCCCAGGUUCCCCGCAGAGCACCCCCACACAGUUUCGAAGAAGCCGGCGGUGCCCGCAAAGGCUGGAGUAGCGAGAACGACUCCCAGUCUAGCGGCUGCGCGCUCCUCAACCUGCAGACCGAAAGCUCGGGAGGACCCGGCCUAGCCCCGCAGAACUGGUGGGUGCUGGACCAGAGCAUCUAGGUGCUCUAAGCCGGAGACUCCAGCUUAGCCAGAGCCCCUGCUCUCCUCGGGCGCAACAACUUUGACGAUCUAUCGCGGACAGAGCUCAAAACCAGACAACACCUAAGCUGGCCACUCCCUCGAAGAGCCCGAUUUGGAGAGUCUAGAUGCCAAGCUCAGAAGCAGCGAGGACCUCAGGCCAGAAAGUUGAACCCGGGCCACUGCUGUGAAGCAGCUUCCUCUUAGCCCCUCCAGGGGUCUGGUCUCUCUCCAUUCUGAACAACCGCCAUAUUGUUCAUCAGAUGGAACAAGUCUGAGACCAGCAGAUGAACAGGCAGAGGCCUGAAGACCCCAGGAACAGUAAGUGAGACAUCUGGAGAUGAGAAUUGAGGAGAAGACUGCCCCUCCAAGGGAGCAGCUGUUUCCUUCUUUUUGGCCCCUGGUAUUCCUAGAACUGUGCUGUCAAUUGCUGGGGACAGUGACCAGGCUAACCCGUGGCCUCCUGGGGCUCUUCCUGUCCCCUUCUGUGGCUAGUUUCUCUCAGCUUCUUUUUGUUGCUACUUUUCGGGUUUGGCCUCUGGUUCUUACCCACUUCUGGUACAGAUGUUGGAGGUCUUGCUUGGUUCAUAGAAGACAGGAGGAAGAGAAAGCCUCAGGCAGGCUUCUGGGUCCUGACCCAUGACCCUGGCCCUUGGGCAAAGCUUUCAACUUCUAAUGGGGGAGGAGGUGGUCUUCCUUCCUUCCUUCCUUCCUUCCUUCCUUCCUUCCUUCCUUCCUUCCUUCUUUCCUUCCUUCUUUCCUUCCUUCCUUCCUUCCUUCCUUCCUUCCUUCCUUCUUUCCUUCCUUCCUUCUUUCCUUCCUUCCUUCCUUCCUUCUUUCCUUCCUUCCUUCCUUCCUUUCUUCCUUCCUUCCUUCUUUCCUUCCUUCCAUUUAUUUAUUUAUUUAUUUAUUUAUUCAUUCAUUCAUUCAUUCAUUCAUUCAUUCAUUCAUUCAUUCUUUUUCACGUGUGUGCAUGAUGUGUGUGCAUGUCUGCAUCCACAUGAAAGCCAGAGGAGGCUUAUUUGAUAGAGACAUCCUGCUCUGUCACUUGCUACCUUGCUCCGCCUUGGUGAGGGUCUUUCACUGACUCUAGCUCUAGGCUGUCCAGCAAUCCAGCAAUCUUCUUACGUAGUCUAGCUUUUUAUAUCUGUGAUGGUGUUCCCACGCUUGCCCUUACUCACUGAGCCAUCCCCCUCAGCUCUGUGCUUUGUGUUUGUUUGUUUGUUUGUUUGUUUGUUUGUUUGUUUGAGACAGGGUCUUCCUAUAGAGUCCUAGCUAGACUUGGAACUCACUAUGUAGAUCAGGCUGUCCUCAAACUUUCAAUGAUCCGUCUGCUGUUGCUUCUAGAGUGCUAGGAAUACGUUUGCCAUAAUAACAAGCCUUCAUUCCUUUCUGUUAAAAAUUUAAAUUGUGUUUAGACUGAAUUGUACUGCUACUACAGUCCCGUGAUUUGAAACUUAAACACGUAAAAGAAAGACAUUGGGGGAAAAUAACUCAUCUUCUUACAACUUCUUUUUUGUUUUUGUUUUUGUUUUUCGAGACAGGGUUUCUCUAUAUAGCCCUGGCUGUCCUGGAACUCACUUUGUAGACCAGGCUGGCCUCGAACUCAGAAAUCCUCCUGCCUCUGCCUCCCAAAUGCUGGGGUUAAAGGUGUGCGCCACCACGCCCGGCUUACUUACAACUUCUAGCCAAGCAAAAAGUUUCCUUUCUCAAUGGCAAACAGAGCAGGUAUGUACAUAUUAAGCAACACACAUACACACUCUCUCCCUCAUACACACUUGUUGCUUUUUUCCCAUCCUUUACAGGCCGACUGGUUUCUCAGUAAAGUCUCUGUUUGUGUCAUUACAAAAUUCCUCGAUGGCUUUGGUUUUCUCUGUGUUCCCAGCAGCCAUCUGGAGGGAACUGCAUUUUCAAGUUCUCCAUGGUGUACUCAGCCCCUCCCUCUACUGAUGGCUGGUCAGGUUGUAUCCAGACUUUUGGAGCUUUAUUUACAAACGAUCAUAGCAAUCUCUCGUGUAGCGAGAUAUCACCAAGAGCACACGAGUGAAGUGUUCCACUCAAGAGCUCAAAGAGUGGGAGUCGGCAUCAUUGUCCAGUCCAUGGCACAGCCCUUAAUUUACUCUGCGAGAUCUCUGAAAUGUCUCCUCCACAGGCUCUGCCUUCCUGUUCCUUGAUCCCUCUCUGUCAAUCAUCAUAUCCUACAGUGACAUCCCGCCCCACCGAAAGCUGCCUGGAGACAAGACCGAUGGAGAGGCCCACCAGCAACUGGAGCGCAGGCAGCUGGGUGCUUGCACUGUGCCUCGCCUGGCUGUGGACGUGUCCGGCCUCUGCUUCCUUGCAGCCUCCAACAUCCGCAGUCCUAGUGAAGCAGGGCACCUGCGAGGUGAUUGCUGCACAUCGCUGCUGCAACCGGAACCGCAUUGAGGAGCGCUCCCAGACGGUCAAAUGCUCCUGCCUGUCCGGCCAGGUGGCUGGCACCACCAGAGCAAAGCCCUCCUGCGUGGACGCCUCCAUCGUCCUGCAGAAGUGGUGGUGUCAGAUGGAGCCCUGCCUGCUGGGAGAGGAGUGUAAGGUGCUCCCGGACCUGUCAGGGUGGAGCUGCAGCAGUGGACACAAGGUCAAAACCACCAAGGUCACACGGUAACUCUCGGAGGUCAUGGCUUAGGUAGGACAGCCUUGACUGAGCUCGGGACUGAAGAAAGGCCUGGUCACCAGACAGCAGAUAAGAGGACUUACCUGGACAUGUGCCCAUGUCAAGUGUAACAUAGACCGGCCAGGGCCCUGGGCAGCACUCUGUUCAGCUAAAAUGCUUGGAUCUUUGGCCACACACUUGAGAGACCUGUGCUCUCCUAUGAACAAAGUCAACACACAAACCUAUCCUUAAGGAAUAUCUUGUCAAGUUAAGGAGUGGAUGACAGGCAAUUUCAACAGUUUAAAGUGUUUGGUACCGUGGCUUCUGAGCGACCUGCAGUGGGUGUGGUGGGGUGGGGCGGAUGGAAUUUACACAGAUCUUCAGCCACCCGAUCCCAGGACACAAAGUUAUGAGGGCCACACCAGUAUCUUCCCAUCUUGGCCUUCCCAUCAAACCUGCAUCCCCAGCAAGAUGCUAAGAUGUGAGAGGAAAACACUGCCCCCUGGUGCCAAGCCAGUGGGAUCUCUUUUGGACAGCACUGGAAAGUAGAGAUGAAGGGCUUCUUCCGCACACCUCUGCAGAGGCAGGGCGGGGCGCACAUCCCAUGCUGUCCAUGGAUGGACAGGACCUCAGUCAGAAUCACCCCUCCACCUUGAACUUCGGGUGUUUGGUUGCUGUUUUAAAGGACGAGGAAACCGAGUCACAGAGGAUGAGAUGGAUUUGCCCAGGAUCUCACAGCUUGGCCUUCCAAAAACACGGAUGUUAGGACUCCAGCCUAGGCCUUCCGUGGCAGUUUUAUCUAGACAGUGAGACCCCGCAAACACUGUCUGGAUAGCACCAACAUGAUUCUUGGGAGAUGGGACUUUGACCACUGGAAUUUUGGUUGAGGCCACUGAUCUCCCAUCAAACAAACAAACAAACAAACCCUAGAAUAUACACACACACACACACACACAGCAGAGUGGAGCUCCUUCUCAGUCCCCCAAGGCCAAACAGGCCCCGUGACAGCCCAGAGGUCGCUCAGCCCAGCGGCAGCAGAAGCAGUGUGAGCAGUUAGGUAUCCCAUCACCCACUCUGCUUCUCUAUCAGGAGCUUCAGCCAGCCCCCUACAUAGGUACCUGCCAGGAGGCAGAGGGGCAGGCCAGAGGACUUCAUAACCAGGCUGGCCUCCUAGAUGGCUUGGGAGUAGCAAGCUGGCUUACUUUUAUUACCAAGGCCUUAAGUGUUAGAGUGAGUGUUAGAGACCAGCCUGGAUGAUGGUUCCCUGAGAAGGUAAAUCAGCCAUAGUUUACACUGGAAUCUUGGUGCCCUUCUCCUUGCCUGUGUCCCAAUGCAUUUGACUAAGACUCUGGUAUCACCCCACCUCAGGGCAUGUUUUGGGUUUGGCAAAAUGAGAUGAACAGUAACGUUAUCUUUCAAAGGCAGGCCUCUGUCAGUCUCUGCUUGUAGCACGGUGACAGGCCAGGGUCACCAAGGGUCAAUGGCAGUCAUGGUCUCCUUCAGUACUGAGGAGUGGAGGCCAGAGGGUGUGUUAAGUCUCCGUGACAUAUUCUUUGUUUUGUUGUUUUGCUUCUUUUUGUCUUUAAAAACAUUAUAGACUUGCCAAUGCCAUCUUUAGCUCUAGGGAGGGAAGGAACACAUUGUUGCCCAUGUCAGGUCUGUGACCCUUCCCAGGGGACGUCGAAGGCCUGGGAUGGCCUCCCAGCCUCUUGGCUCACCCUCUGUACCAUGGAAACCUGAGCGCAGGGCUGGGGCUGGGUUUGUUUUCCUCCUGAUGCUCAGAGAGAGAUGUGUGAGUGAAUUAUUUAGGUUACGGCUUCAGCAGAGCCAGACAGUGAAAGCCUGCUUUCCUGGAGGCCAGAAGGUAGGUCCUGUCGGUGGGUGUGGAGCUCCAUAGACUCUCUGCUCACUCUGUCCUGGACACUGUCACCCAACGGUCGGCUCCCCUGCCGUGCCCCACCUGUGUUGUCCACACGAACUGGGUUAGAGUGGAGAGUUCAGAGAUGACGCGUCACAAGCUCCCGAGAGCUGCCAGUCUCCUCCAGCUCCCCCCCACCCCCCGCUGCCUCGGGGUCCUGAUUCUGUACCUUCUCUGACCCCCACUAAAGUUGCUAAUUCCUUGUUAAGUCUCCCUCCCUGCCUCCUGACCUAGCCAUGCAUUUAGUGGGUGAACUCUGAGCUGAGUGGGUAUCUGUAGAUUUCCAGGGAAGCCCCACACAAAAAGCUCUGGCAAAGAAAAGAUCCAGACCCCCACCUCCAACUCCACCCCCCCCCAAAAUUUGUAUCCAGCUGAAUCCAAACCUGUGUAGGUUUUGUAGCUAUGCAAAGAACAGUCUAGAAAUAAAUGGAGGGUUUUUUGGUUUGGUUUUGGGGGGGGGUUUAGAGCAUAGGGGUUCCUCCAGUCAUUUGACUUCCUCUGCCCUCCUUGACGAGAACAUCUCAUCAUCUGAGGUUUGCUGGAACCCCAUCUCUUCAGCUAUGCGGGCUCUAGGAAAGCCAGCAACUACUAAAUCAUGUGACUGAUUUCUGCUAACCUCCUGGCAGUUGUACUGAGUCUGUGAGUGACAUCCUGAUUAAUGAUCCCAGACAGCUCCACAACAUUGACUUGCACAUUGAGACGACAGCUCCCUAAACCCAGAAUUAUAGUUGCAAGAGGGUUUAGAAGCCAGCUCUUUGAUUUGCCAGCCUGGGAGAGGGUAGCUCAGAAAGGUUAAGUAAUUUGCCCGAAGUCACACAGCAAGCUGGUGGCAUGUCCUUGCUCAGUGACUCAGCAUAGAGUUCUUUCCACUAUUGUACAUCCCAUUGUACCCCAGAGCAGAUGAGAACUUGGAAGGAGAACAGGGUUCUUAACUGUGAGAGUCUCAUUCUGGAAUCGCCCAACACUGUGAGAGCAAGGGCCAGAGGGAAGAAGAGCAGGAAACACAUAGUGAUCACAUACACAUAGGGAAGCAAGAAGGGGAGGGGUGGAUGCCCAGAAUUUCAAACUACAGAGUCAAACCGAACAGGACAAAUGCCACACGAAGGAGAACUGGUGCCUGUCCUUUCCUGAGGAGGCAACAUGGAGUGUUGUCAGUCCUUGGCAAACUGGGUGUGGGGGUGCAUGCCUAUAUCCCAGGUACUCAGGAAGCAAUAAGGAGGAUGGCAAGAUGGAGGCCAGGCUGGACCUAACAGAGACCCUGUCAAAAGAGGAACAACAAUAACAACAGAAAAAGAAUGGAAACCCUUGCAGAACCUUGAUGCUGUCUUGAUCACCCCAGGUUCUUUUUGUCCUAUGCAGAGGAUUGCAAACUAAAGCACAUAGGUUACUUUUUUUUUAACAAAUAAAGUUUUAUUGAAACAUA